GGCAUUCGGUGCAUGUGAGCAGUUCUCUGCUGACCUGCCACAUCAGUCUGCGCUGCCUGCAAACAAAGAGAGCCAGCAUGCAGCUGCCCCUGCCCUGGUGCCUUAUCACCCUCACUGUGGGAUUGGUGUCUUGCUCCCCCACUUGCCUCCCUGGAGACAGAGCCCUGGGGCGUUGCACAUCUCCAACAGAAGAGAAAGGCUCGUGUGUGGAUAAUUCCUUGGGAUACUGUGAUGAUCUACCCUACACAAAAACAAUGUUCCCAAACUUAUUAGAUCACCGAUCAAGAGGAGAGAUAGAAUUCAGCGCCGAGUACAUUCUGCUGAGUGUUAUCGAUAACCUCCUCCAAGGAGAAUGUAAUCCUGACAUAAGAUUUGUGGGCUGCGCAGUGCUUGCACCGCGUUGCGAGAAGAACAAAAUUGUAAAGCCGUGCAGAAAGGUCUGUGAAAAUCUAAGAAAAAAUUGCCGUCCGGCCUUCGAUGCCAUAGACAUGGCGUGGCCCUACUUUUUGGACUGUGAUCGCUUCUUUGCUGGAGAAGAGGAAGGCUGCCAUGACCCCCUGGAGAAACUAAGAGCAAACAUAGACGUAGCGUCUGAGGAAGUCCUUCCCCAAAUGCCAAGUACCUUCAUCCAUUUUAGCCAUCACAGUUAUACGCAGAUGAUCGGUGUUAUGAAGAAAACGGCUGCCAGAUGCUCUCAUAUCUCCAAAACAUACAGCAUUGGACGUAGUUUUGAAGGAAAGGAGCUUAUGGUGAUUGAGUUUUCGACUAAUCCUGGUCAACAUGACCUAUUGAAGCCAGAAUUCCGAUACAUCGGCAACAUGCACGGUAAUGAAGUAGUUGGGAGAGAACUGCUGAUUUACCUUACACAAUAUUUGUGUUCAGAAUAUCUUCUGGGAAAUCAGAGGAUCCAGGAACUGAUUAAUUCCACACGAAUUCACCUUUUGCCUUCAAUGAAUCCAGAUGGUUAUGAUCUUGCUGCUGAAGAGGGGGCUGGUUACAAUGGGUGGACAAAUGGACGACUAAACGCACAGAAUAUUGAUCUUAAUCGUAAUUUCCCUGAUUUAACAUCAGAAGUCCAUAAAAUUUUCAAGAUGAAAGGAGCGCGGCUUGAUCAUAUGCCCAUUCCAGAAUUAUACUGGGAUGGUAAGGUAGCCCCGGAGACAAAAGCCAUCAUGAAAUGGAUGAGGGCCAUACCAUUUGUUUUGUCAGGAAGUCUUCAUGGAGGUGACUUAGUUAUUAGCUAUCCAUAUGAUUUCUCCAAACACCCACUGGAAGAGAAAAUGUAUUCUCCUACACCAGAUGAUAAGGUAUUUCAGAUGCUGGCUAAAACCUACGUUGCGUCACACCCGAUUAUGUCAUCCAAGGCAACUGAGAGAUGCGGUGGGAAUUUCAUUAGCAAAGGCGGUAUUAUAAACGGCGCAGAGUGGUACAGCUUUAGCGGGGGAAUGUCAGAUUUCAGUUAUCUCCACACCAAUUGUUUUGAACUCACAUUGGAACUUGGAUGUGAGAAGUUUCCAACUGAGGAUGAGCUCUAUACGGCGUGGCAAGACAACAAAGAGUCUCUGCUGAGCCUAAUUGAAAUGGUCCACAGAGGAAUCAAAGGAGUAGUAAAGGAUGAGCAUGGAAACCCAAUUAAAAAAGCUCGCAUCUCUGUGAGAGGAGUUCGCCACGAUGUACUGACAGCUGAAGAUGGAGAUUACUGGCGACUUUUGAUUCCAGGGGUAUAUAUUGUAAGCGCUGAAGCAUUUGGCUACUCCAAGGUUACCAAAAGAAUUACCUUACCAGCUAAAAUGACAAAACCGGGCCGAGUGGACUUUGUGCUACAGCGUGUCGAAAUAAAUAAUCGCAAGUAUUCUAAAGUUAUCCCAGAGGACAUUUAUGAUCGUUUUGACCCACUGGACCAUUAUGACCCUCAUGCUCACCAGGGCCAAGGAGAACCAAGUGAAGGAGGUGAAUUUUCACCAGAAAGACAAAUGCCUUGGUGGUGGUCUUACUUCAGCAUGCUAGGCCAGAACAGACCAUUAUGGCUGCUUAAAAAUAAUUAAAUAUAAAAGCUACUAAGCAAUAUGUGCUUGCAAAUUAAAGACUCAAAUCCACUAA